UUUCCUCAUUCUCAGUGCGUUAAUAUGCACUACCUGACAGAGAGAUCGGCUGGGUGAGUUUUCUUUUUACUCGAUCCUUCAACAUUAAUGCGGCUGCAAACGGAUAAAACAACAGGAUCAUGGCUGGGAUCCAGUGUGCAGUGUUUCUGGUGCUCAUGACAUUUAAGUGGACUUUAACCGGAGGAGAUACCGAUGUGUCCUGCAUUUUCAUGGAGACCUGCAUGCUGCCAUGCAGCUCUGAGGGAGGCACUGCAGUCAUCAUCCACUGGUUCCAGCUAUCAGCAGGAAAUCUUUUUGUUCAUUCAUUCUAUGAAGGCCACGACCAGCUUGGAGUGCAGAACCAGCGCUUCAGAGGCAGGACGUCACUGUUCAGCGACCAGAUCUCCUCAGGAAACGCCUCACUGCAGCUGACAGGGGUGAAGGUUCAGGAUGAAGGGAGAUACAAGUGCUACACCAGCACUGAUAAUGGGCUCAAAGAAUCAUUCAUCAAUUUAAAAAUGGAUGCUCCAGUCCAUGAAGUCGACAUUCAGCGGGAAGGAAACACACUCACCUGUUGCUCAGAGGGGAUCUACCCUGAGCCUGAGCUCACCUGGUCCACCAGUCCUCCAUCCAAUGUGAACAGCAAGUGCAACACAGCAAUGCAGAAGACUGAGCAAGACCUCUACAACAUCAAUAGCUCUGUGACACCUUCAGACAGCGAAACUGAUCUGACCUUCAGCUGCACCAUCAGCACUCGCCGUAGCACGAGGAGUGUAACUUGGCCCUCCACCUCUUUGCCUAAACCAGGUUCAGGUAAUUCAGGAGCUAUUGUAGGAGGGGUGAUUGCGGUCAUUGUGAUUACAGGAGUAGUAGCAGCAGUAGGAUUCAUGCUGUAUAAACGCAAAAAGUCGAUUUCUCAGCACAACACCAACAAAAACACAUACUAACACUGAACUUCAGAAGGAGCUGAAUAGAAGCUCUGCCACGAAUGGUGAAAUGGUGAAACAGCUGACAUCCCCCAAGCAGACCCCAGCAGCUCUGCUUCAGCCCCGCACUGAACCCUCCUGAGUGUUGGAUCUCUGCUCAGUAAAGCACAAACUUUCAUAAGUGAAAAACCUGCUGAAAACGACAUUCAAUGAGUUACUUAGUUACUCAUACAUGCACUGAGGAGCAAGGACACUUUUUUAAAAAAAUUCUGUUUUCGUCUAUGCUGAUUCUUGGUCAUAACCUAAAUAUUUUGAUAUGCCUCCUUCUGGACCUUUGAGCUGUGGUUGUGCAACACAAAGAAGAAUCUUGCAAAGAAGAAGAGAUGAGUCUCAGCCAGAGAGGCAGCUUUGAUUUGUUUGUAAAAAACUGCUGAUAAACUUGAGUUUAGCUACUUGCUGGUAGCUAUUCAACAUGUGUUCUUCUACUGUGGAAUGAAAAAAUAACAUUAAGCACUGCAGACAGUUUUAGAUGAUGUGAGAGAUACUUUAGUUUGAGACCAUCAGGUGGGCACAUGACUUUUUUUUCUUGUUAUUUUUGUUUACAUAUGAUUGAUUUGUUUUAUGCAGUUUAACAUAAAUGUAAAUGUAUGAAACUGACGUCCUGCACAGUGUUUACAGCUACUAACUAGUUUCAGUCCUUAAUGGGCUGAGAUGAGGGACCGUUUAAUUUAAGUGCAGCAGACAUCAUAUCAAACUUCAGAGAUGAUCAAGUUUGCAGCUGUUGUUUGAGUCAUCUGGCAUUUAAUAAACACAGAGGAGAGACCGUCAAGCUGCUGGAAGAACCACAUAGAACAUCUUAAGGUGGAUUUGUACUGUAUUGUAGUAAAAACACACUGUCACCAGGACAGGAUCUCACCUGCUGUGUCUCGGAGGGCAGCUAAAAAUAAAAGGUGCGUGAGAGAAAGACCUGAGAGUGUAGAGGAAUUUCUUUUAUUCAUGUAUUAUUCACAUUAUUUUACUGUAUAAUGCCUUGGUGCCACUGGGUUUUAGUAUGGCUCAGUGUCUCACACAUUCAUGCCAUUGAACAGCCGGGUGAUUGUAUCUCAGGAAGUUGGGGGAAGCAGACAACUCCACAGGAAGAGUCUUUUGUCUCUUCAACGACUGUGAGAGGUAGCAAGGGAGUGUGAACCUUUCUUUGGGGGAAAGGCCGAUGGUCUGAAAAAGCUAUGUCCUGCUUUUUGUUCCUGUAGGAGGUAUUUAAGCCAGGGCCAUGCUGGGCUCAGGGAGAGACAUUGCUGACCGUAUGCCCCAGUGAUGGCUUCUCUCACCAAGCUUGGCUUUUUGUUCUUUUUUUCAUUAAAGGAUGUUAGCUACCAUCCACCGUUUGUCUGCAAGCUUUAUUAAAUGGAAACUUCCACAACAGGAGCAGCAACUAGUAACUCGUAGGUUUCUUUGUUUCUUUUCAAAUGCUGCCUCUCGAAAAUGAAUGUUUUGUGUGUGUAU